UUUUUUUUUAAAUUUUUUUUUAAAAAAAAUUUCUUUUAAACAUGACAUUAGGCUGUGGCCUUUACAGAAAGCCACUGCCACCAUUUGGGCUAAUGUAAGAACUGCAUUUGCAAAAAACCCAAACAAAUGGGAACUAUUCCCCAUGACUCACAAACAUUGUCACUUCUGUAGCUCUUUUGUGCAAAGGAACUGAAUAUGAACUAGCAGAGUCUCUAUUGCGCCACUCUGGGUCAGCAUGGAUCUCCUUUUGUUUUUCUGUCAGCACUUUGUUGUUGCAGAGGAUCAGACCUCUGUUUGGUUGACCACAGGCGAAGCAUGAAUGGCAAACUGCUCUUGGCUUUCCCUUUAACCAGAGUGAGAGUCUCAGGCCAGUGCACAUUAACUCCAGCCUGAGAAUGAGGACCUUACUGACAACCCAGCACCAAAACAGCUACCGGGAGCUGAUCAUGAAAGAGGCGUACACACGGCUCAACUGGAGGAUGAAAUAUGGCAAGGACUAUCCUAUCAGAUUCGCUUUGUGCAAAUCCAAGACUGUGAAUCCGACCACUGCCCCUAAAGUCACUUUGCCCCCUGUAGUAAAAGCUCCGGAGAAGAAGAAGGAAGCCCCAGUGCUACAGCCUGCUCUCCGUGAAGCUCCUCUGAUGCGACCAGUCAGUCCUCAAUCCAAAGAGAUUCUUUAUAAUGGUUUAUCCAAAGAAGGCAAAGGACGUGGCCAAUACCUGAAGAGACGUGUACAGAAGAUGCCUGAAGAAAGGUUUAACUACCCACUAUUGUCCUCGUGGGAAUACGGAUGGAGAUUAGGUAAUUAUGGACAUGACUACAAAUCACCAGAUAAUGGAAGAUCGGCGGUUGUCAGGAGCACUUUCUAUGCCAGGAGUGGUAUUUUUAAUAUCCCCUCUGCAACUGAUCACCUUGGGUGACCAACUUUUCCAAAAUGACCAGGAUCACACUGUUGCCACAGAAAUAAGUUUUCCACAUAAUUGCUACUAAAUACCAAGGAUUUGUAGCUACUUAUGCUGUGAAAUGGUUUAAAAAAAAAAAUAAAAAAAAAAUUAGCUGGAUUACAUUACAAAGUGUCUAAAAUCUGUAUUAUAUAACUGUAUUAUAACAAUACACUUAUUAUUCUUGUUCAAGUUCUCUGCAAUGAAAUUUGAUCUGUCAAGUGGGGAUUAAAUUAAUGGGAGGUGAAGGCAAGAACUUUGAGCACCAACCUACUGUUUCCAAGUAACCACUAAACAAACACCUG